AUGUGUUCUAUCGUGCAGUCGGCAACAGGUGGUUACGACGGAUCGAUGCUCAAUGGCCUCAAUAUCCUUCCCUUAUAUACCGAUUAUUUUGAAUUGAACAACGUCACAAAAGGUUUAAAUACUGCCUCUGUGUCAAUCGGCGGGUUUAUAGGUCCUUUGGUAUCUGGUAUUGCAGCUGACCGACUUGGUCGACGGCCAGCUAUUUUUUGGGGCUCAUGUUUAACGAUCCUUGGAAUCAUAGUCCAGACUGCAGCACAGAAUAUUGCCAUGGAGGAUCAUAAUAGGGCUUGGAAGUGCUAUAACCGGGGUUUCAGGAGGGGUAUAUUUGACCGAGGCGUUUCCUAUGAGUAUUCCGAAUAUGAGGAACCGGAACCGCGAUUUAACUUGGGAUAUAGUAUUGGGGCCUUGAUUGCAGCAGGGGUUACUCUCGGUACUGGCCAGUGGCUUUCGACUUGGGCAUGGAGAGCUCCAUCUCUCUUCCAGGCAAUAUUCUCAUUGCUCUGCAUACUAACUCUCCCAUUCAUCCCCGAGUCACCGCGCUGGCUAGUACAACAAGGACAUUACGAAGAAGCAAGACUUUCUGUUGCCCAGACAAAUUCCCACAGUGAAAUUUCGGAUCCCGUUGUCGUUGCAAUAUUCAAAGAAAUUGUCGAUACUUUGAAAUGGGAACGUGAAGAAGGUCAUGGUAUAAGCCCGAUCGAGAUUCUCAAGAGGCCGGUGAUCAGAAAACGACUACUUGUUGGAAUAUCAGCAGGCCCGUUUUCCUGCAUUGCAGGAAAUGUAAUUGCAUCCUACUAUUUAGGCUCUGAGCUUGACACUGCCGGGAUUACAGAUACUAAAGAUCAACUCAAGGCG